AUGAAAAAAUUCACUUUAUCUUAUUUAGUCGAUAGUGAUUCAAAUAAAAGUGUGAACAGUUUAGCUAAUAUUUCCAAUUCAAAUAUUGAAAUGGAUUUACCAAAAAUUACAGAAUUACAUAUCAUUAUUAAAGAUUUAAAUAAACAGACAACGUUAAAAGUAAUUGGAGAUGCAAUUAUUUUAGAUAUUAAAAAGAAACUUUUAUUCACUCUUGGUGAUUUAUUAACUGAUUCACAAAAUAUGGGUUUAUACCUACCUGAUGAACCAAGUCGUAAAGGAAAAUUCCUAGAAGAAGAGCGUCUUUUAUCGGAGUAUAUUAGUGGGAAAACGAUUAUUAGUUUAGAGUUUAUUUACAAACGUCGAACAAUUCCACCAUUUUAUAUGUCACCAACAUUAUUGAGUAAACUCUCGAAGAACUUCAUCAAAACAUUUUUUCGUUACGUGUCUCGUGGAGAAUGUCAAAAAGUAGAGAAAUUACUGUCUAAAGGAUUUGAUCCAAAUAUCCAUUGUCCAAAGACUGGAGAAACUCCAUUGACAAUAGCUGUUACACGGUCAAAACCUCAUGAAAUGAUAUCAACAUUAAUCUCCGGUGGGGCACAUCGUGAUUUUUAUUCACUGGCCGGUUAUACACCAUUACAUAAAGCUGUAACCGUUGGAAAUUUUGAAGGGGUUAAGACAUUACUGGACUUCGGGCAAUCACCAAAUUGCUUAGAUAGAUAUGGCUUGACUCCACUGUAUUACAACAUACUUUAUGAUCCGGAUACAAAAAUAUGCCAUAGUUUACUGUAUGAACAUUCAAAAAUUGGCAUCAUCGAUAAAGAUGGCUUACAAGAAAUACAUCAGGCUACACGUUUAAAUCGUGUUGAACAAAUAAAUUUAUUAUUAAUGUAUGGAGCUGAUGUAAAUGCACGAUGUAAACGUCCAAAAGAAAUGAUCAAAAACAACUUAACUCUUUCUAUACGUCCACAGUCAGUUGAUGGUGAUACACCAUUACAUGUUGCAGCAAAUCAUAAUCAGCGUGCAGCUGUUUUACGUCUGUUAUCUUGGGGAGCUGAUCCAACCCUACUCAAUGCUGAAAAUAUGACGCCUAUACAAGUAGCACAGAAUAGUGGAAAUUUAGAAUUAGCUGAUUUAAUUAAAUUAUUUAGAGGUAGAAAAGAAUCUAGUGAUAUAUUUCUUCCAACACCCACGUAUAAUCCCCAUAGACGUGUAAGACAAGCCCCACCUAAUUCUUACAUUACUGAACCAUCCAUUUUGCAAACGUAUACUCCAAAUGAUAUAAAUGAAAGUCACCUAAAUUAUCAGCAAUUAAAUAGUACUAACAACAAUAAUAAUUACUUAUUAAAAGACUCAAACAAAGAUUUAGCUGAUCUUAAUAUCACUGAAAAAAGUGCUACGUGUACAUGUUCAUAUAUGACAACAUCAUCAAAUAGACCAAUCGAUUCCAAACCAAUACAACGUGCAGUUUCGCUAUGUGAAUUAAUUCAAUCAAAUCCAUCUGAUAUAGCGACAGGAUCAACAACAAAAUGGAAUGGUGCAUGGGAUUUAGGUCCAAACGGAUUUUAUAGUCCAUGUUAUGAUGUGAAUGCUGUAUCAAAUCAAAUAUAUUGUGAAAUGCCUAAAUAUGAGAAUGGUACGAAUAUAGCUGGAACAUUAACACGGCCAGUGAAAUUAAAGCAAAAAUCUAAAGAUAUGUCCGUAUCAAAAUCUCGAACGGAUGUUUUUACAUCAAAUAUUCAUUGUCGACAACAACAACAACAACUUCAAAGACAACAGUGCCCCAUAAUGCUUGAGUCUGCAAAUAAAAACCCGUCAAAAGAACGAACAAUAUCACGUGGUCAACAAACUGAUGUUUUAUGCGAUUUUAUCACACAUGAAAACAAAGGAUUCCAACGUGAAGGCAGUCAAACAGAUAGUGGUAUAAGUAAUUCGUCAUGUCGACCGAAUACAUUUGGUUCUUUGAAUCGAAAACAUAAUAACAACAUUCAUCAUGAUCAAAGUGAUAAAUACCAGGAUGGAGUUUUGCCUUCUUAUGAAAAUUUCGGUCAAGGGAAUCAAAAAGAUUCAACGCAUUUUCAAUCUAUUCAAAUUUCCAAAGAUUUAUCAAAUAAUAAUAAUAAUUGUAUAAAUAAACUUAAUCAACGUUCAAAUCAUAUCAGAUCAGCUCAUGUUAAUAUAUGUGAUUCAAGACAUUUACGACGAUCAUCUACAUUACAUGGACAUUUGGAUUUGAAACAUUCAACCAAUGCAAAAGAUAAUAUACGUACAGUUAUUUUAGAAAGAUAUUCUUAUUCAUCUAAUGGGAUUGAUAAAAAUGAACGUUCUUCAUUUGGUUUAUCAAUUCGUACAGUGAAAAAUUCAUCAGUGAUAGCUGAAUUUACACCGACAACAAAUAAGCCAAGUUUACAAACUGUUAAACGUGUUGUACCAGAUAGUCCAGCUGAAAAAGCUGGUGUUAAAGUUGGCGAUUUCGUCUUGAAAAUUAAUGGUGCUGAUGUUACAAAAGCUUCUUUGAAUCAAGUAGUUGAUUUAUUAUCCAGUUCAUCUGGAGAUAAAGUUUCAUUAACAUUACUUUCACCAAAAUGUAUAACACCUUCUGUAUUGAUCAAUAACAGUGAUAGUAUUCAUCGUACUGAUGAUGAAAAUGAUGGAGAUGGUUGUGUUGAGCAUUAUGUGAUUACAAGAAAAUCCAGCGAUGGCAAUUCAAUAAAUUUAAUAAAUAAGAUGAUUUUACCAACACAAUCUGUUAAAUGUAAUCAAACAGUGAGAAGUACAAAGCAAGCUAGACAUUCAACCAUUUCACCGAUUUCAUCUGAGCGAAGUUCUGACAGAACAUAUAAAUCUUCACUGAAUGAAAAUUCUUGUUUAACAGAUGAGGGUGUAUAUUGUCAGUCACUUUGUACCAGUUCGAACGUAUCCGCACGUAGUUCUUCAAGUAGCCGACUUAUUACAAAUUCAAAUCUAAUACAACAAUCUUAUAUACAAAAUAACAAGCAACCAUCUGAUGCAUCAACUCAUAGAGUACGAUUUCAAGGAUUGCCACGAUCACAAACAACAAAUGGUAUUUCUGAUAUUUGCCACGAUAAAUCUGGAAAUUCCAUGAUAAAUUCAUUAUACUUUCCUCGUCAUCCAAGAUUUCAACGUGUUGGUUCAAAUGAAUCUCAGAACUCUUCACAUUCUCAUAAUAAUUAUACACAAACGCCUAGGCAACAAAAUACUGAUUUACAUAUAGUUGAUGAAAGAUUACAUAAACACUUUAGUAGUGAUUAUCCAGCCAGUGUAACACGUGUAAUUUCAUCAAAGCAAUCACCUUUACUACGUUCAUAUUUUACACCGGAACAACAGAACUUAUCCAUUAUAACAGGUAAACCAUCACAUCUUAUUAGACGACCGAUAUCAUUGAACCCAGAAACAAGAAAGAAAAGUACCACUUAUCUAUCGGAUAAUGAAUCACCAUCCACGAUAAAAACAUCAUCAACAACAACAACAACCACAGAAACAACAAAUAAUACAAUUACAAGAACAUCGAUCAGAAAUGAAUCAACAUUAUCAAUUAGAGGAAGUUCUCCAACGAAUUCCGAAUUUUUACUGCCACCACCUGCUGAAUUUUCCAAUUAA